CUCCGUGAUCGGUGUCGUCCCUAGCUAUGGACCGAAGUGCGUGUGAUCUUUGAUCCGAUUGUCGGUAGACGUUUGACAUAACCUUUUUCGUGGCACUCUAUGACUGUCGUUGGUUCUGUGGUAUCUGUCAGAAACAACGUGCUUUUAGUGAAAUGAAAUUACUCCAGAAUUGGGAAAUGAAAUCGAUGGCAACAUAUAACGGGAACUAUCAUUCACGAUGAAAUGGGCUGAUGAGGCAUCUUUGACGUUGACCACUUGUUGGCACUGUUUCCUUCUUGGAUGUUGGUUCGGUGCAUCAUUUGACUACGAAGAUGGGUCAGGCAGGUGGAAAUGUACCCAAGCUUGAAAUCACUCGUUGUUGGAGGUGAAUUGGACCCUCUCACCACACUGGAGGUGGAUGUGGACAUUCACUGUGUGCCAGAAUAUUGUUCGGAGUUGGGACGUAAUCCCUGACGGAGGAAUGGUGGAGGCUCUCUGAUCCGACAGUCCCCGCUAGAUCAUACACUACAGGAGAGACUACCUUAAUAACGGUAUACGGUCCGGCGAACUUUGCAGCCAGUUUAGCUGCGAAACUGUCGACAGCGGAUGAUAACGGAUUUGUGCGACGGAGAACUUUGUCACCUACAUGGAAGCGAACUUCUCUACGGCGUAGGUUGUAAUGAUGAGCCUGCUGUUCAAAAGCCCUGUACAAGCGAGCUUGCACAAACUCAUGUGCUUCCUGUAGGUGCCGGAUUUGUUCUGUACGGAUAUCGAAAGCCUUCUGCUGGUCUUCUCCCCAUUUCCACCGCUGUUUCUUCUUGAGCAGCAGGGUUAGCGGAGAAACUACAUUGGAGAAAUUCUCGAUGAAUCGACGGUACCAGCUCGCAACACCCAGGAAUCGGCGUAACUCUCGGACGGUCUUGGGAGCAGGAAAUGACACUAUGGAUGCCACUUUAUCCGGAUCCGUACAGAUGCCUUCGGAAGUGACGACAUGUCCCAGGUACUUCAGAGACUUCCGGACAAACUCACAUUUGUCGGGAUUGAGACGGAUACCUUACGAGACUCGGCCAAUCUCUCCACCUCCUCGAUGAAGCCGCUCACACUACCUGUGCCACCAAAUGAAAUAUUCCAUUUGUGGACAGGAAUGGUUGGCACCGGUGACGGUCGAGGUUCCGGCUCUAAUGGUACUCUCUCUCUGGUCAUGGUCCUGCCAGAGCUCACACAAGAUGUAGGUGUACCAGUAUGUGAGACAUCAGCAGCUGUCAGAAGAUUGACCCCAUCUCCAAGAUCAAUCAGGGAUGUGUCAGCUCUUUCCGGUUGGAUCAGGGACAUCCCAGGUGAACUGGGAACCUCCACAUCCAAGAGGGACCGUUCCUGCUGACUGGAUGGCUGUCCACGGGUGUUGCUACUACUCAGUUGCUCCAGCGUCUCCAAGGCCUUAGUUGUAGUCGCCUUCAGUUGUUCGAUCAGUUGUAACUGUGCUUCAUCGGAAGUGACAAUAAAGUUCAGUCUUCCCUGAA